UCGUCAGCGCUUCCGGUGUGGCUGAUGAUGGUCGGUCGGUGUUCCUCAGCACUCAUGACUGUCGCUUUGUGCUGUUCUCAUGCUUAUGGACUGUGUUUUUACCUGCAAAUACGUUUAGGAAAUCGAAAGGUCACAGAUGAGAGUUUUCUUUGAGGGUCUACCUGUUGCCAGAUCUUGUUGAGGGUUGUGUGCUGGUUAAUGCAUAGAGGAAAAAGGGUGAAACUUGAAGACGAAACUGAAGGUAGUUGGAAAAGUUUUGCAGCUGUCAGAAUGACCGCAGUGGAUGACAUCUCAGACAGCACGGAGGUUGUGGAAAUGGACGACCUCCCCUCCCAGUUUUUCGUGGAGAAGCACUCAUGGGAUGGCUUGCGUGACAUCAUUCACGGCAGCCGGAAGUACUCGGGAAUGAUCAUUAACAAGGCGCCCCAUGACUUCCAGUUCGUUCAGAAGCAUGACGAGUCCAGCCCUCACUCGCACCGGCUCUACUACCUUGGAAUGCCCUAUGGGAGCAGAGAAAACUCAUUAUUGUACUCUGAAAUCCCCAAGAAAAUACGGAAAGAAGCCCUUCUGGUGUUAUCAUGGAAACAGAUGUUAGAUCACUUUCAGGCGACUCCGCAUCAUGGCGUAUAUUCCCGUGAGGAGGAGCUUCUCCGUGAGAGGAAGCGUCUGGGGGUCUUCGGCAUCACGUCCUACGACUAUCACGCACAAAGCGGCCUUUUCCUCUUCCAAGCAAGCAACAGCCUUUUUUAUUGCCGUGAUGGCGGCCAAAACGGCUUCAUUCAGGGUGCCCCAAUGAAGCCUGUGGAAAUUAAGACUCAGUGCUCAGGGAUUCGCAUGGACCCCAAGAUCUCGCCUGGUGAUCCCAGUUUCAUUGCCUUCAUAAAUAAUAACGACCUGUGGGUGACGAAUAUCGAAACUGGAGAGGAGCGACGACUGACUUUCUGUCAUAAAGGAUUGAAUAACGUCAAGGAAGACCCGAAGUCUGCUGGUGUCGCAACCUUUGUGAUCCAGGAGGAGUUUGAUCGCUUCACAGGAUACUGGUGGUCUCCAGCUGCUCCUGAAGACGCAGAUGGAGGCAGAACGCUCCAGCUGCUGUAUGAGGAGGUUGACGAGUCAGAAGUAGAGGUUAUUCAUGUGCCCUCGCCAGCUUUGGAGGAGCGGAAGGCAGAUGUGUACAGAUAUCCUCGCACCGGUAAUCACAAGCACACACUGUUAAAACAACACAAACGUUAUCUCAAUGUUCCAUACUUAAAUCUGUUUCUUCCCAGUGCUUGGGCGGUGCUGCUAGACCGCAGUCAACAGAAGCUGCAGUUAGUGCUGCUGCCGCCUGCGCUCUUCAUAGCCGCGAGCGUGGAAGAUCCGCAGUGGGAGGAGCAUGUGGAAGCCAUGCCUGAGGGAGUCCAGCCCUUCAUCAUCUACGAGGAGCUCACCGACAUUUGGAUCAAUGUCCACGAUAUCUUCUAUCCCUUCAUUCAAACAACUAAUGACAAGAUCUCCUUCCUGUGGGUGAACGAAUCACAAACGGGCUUCUGCCAUUUGUACAGAAUAGCCAGUUUCUUUCAGCCGGGCUGCCAUCAGUGGUCCAGAGAAUACAGUCCAACGGAAGAUGAUUUCAAAUGCCAGAUAGAGGAGGAGGUGGCUUUAACGAAUGGAGAGUGGGAAGUCUUGGCCAGACACGGCUCAAAGAUCUGGGUCAAUGAAGAAACCAAACUGGUGUAUUUCCAGGGCACAAAAGAUACUCCACUUGAGCACCAUCUGUAUGUUGUGAGCUACGAAUCUCCUGGAGAAAUUGUCAGACUUACUAAGCCGGGUUUCUCUCACAGCUGCUCAGUUAGCCAGAACUUUGACAUGUUCAUUAGCCACUACAGUAACGUGAGCACGCCUCCGUGUGUUCACGUCUACAGACUGACGGGUUCUGACAGUGACCCCCUCCACAAAGAACCGGAGUUCUGGGCGAGCAUGAUGGAGGCUACAGGUUGCCCGGCUGAUUAUGUCCCUCCUGAGAUAUUCAGCUUCCCUGCUAGUUCCGGUUUCCGUCUCUAUGGAAUGCUGUACAAACCUCACAACCUGAAACCAGGCAAAAAACAUCCCACAAUCCUGUUUGUGUACGGCGGCCCACAGGUGCAGUUAGUGAAUAACUCUUACAAGGGUGUGAAGUAUCUGCGUCUGAACACGUUGGCGUCUCUGGGUUAUGCUGUGGUGGUCAUUGACGGAAGAGGGUCAUGCCAAAGAGGCCUCAAGUUUGAGGGGGCCCUUAAAAACAAAAUGGGGCAGGUGGAGAUUGAAGAUCAGGUGGAGGGACUUCAGUAUGUAGCAGAGAAGUACAAGUUCAUAGACACGAGUCGAGUUGCCAUCCAUGGUUGGUCUUAUGGUGGCUUCCUGUCUCUCAUGGGCCUCAUUCACAGGCCAAACAUCUUCAAGGUGGCCAUAGCAGGAGCUCCUGUGACGGUGUGGAUGGCAUACGAUACGGGCUACACCGAACGCUACAUGGACGUGCCUGAAAAUAACCAGCAGGGGUAUGAGGCGGGCUCCGUCGCCCUGCACGUCGACAAGCUUCCCAACGAGCCAAACCGAUUACUUAUUUUACAUGGGUUCCUUGAUGAAAACGUGCACUUUUUCCACACCAACUUCCUGGUGUCUCAACUCAUCCGUGCAGGAAAGCCAUAUCAGCUACAGAUCUACCCCAAUGAGAGGCACAGCAUCCGCUGUCCUGAGUCCGGAGAGCACUACGAGAUCAUGCUACUGUACUUCCUCCAGCAGCACCUCUGAUGAGCGCCUUCUCUAUUCCCAGCCUCCUCUACUUCCUUCAGCAGCAGUGACAGAAUACGGCCCUCCCCGGUUCCCCAACCCGCCUUUGCUUUCUCGCACUCUUUCUGGAAGGAGUGUCUUCGCAGCAGCCAGAAACAGACUUGUCCCCAAACUUCAUGUAAUUUUGCGCAUGUCUGCACACUUUUAACAGAAAGGACACAUCCGAGAACGGAGAAGAACCCAGUAGCUCAUUAACCCCAUGAAACAAAUUUUGGAUUAUGUGCCACAUCUAGAUAAUGUUUCCUUUCCGGCUCCCUUUGAAACACUGAUUAUGAUAAUUGCCAAACGUGUCUUUAUUUUUAAAAUUUGUAGUUAGUGGCUUAUCAGAAUACAGAGACUGGAUUUGUACACGUACGUACAGAAAUGCUCUUUCCGCCCCCUCUGCUCAUUUAUCUUAAAGGGAUAGUUCACCCAAAAAUGAAAAUGCUGUCAUUAAUUACUCACUCUCAUGUC